AUGGAUGUUCUAAAGAAUGAGAACGAGUCAGACAAGUUCACCAAAAUAGAGACCGAAUCUGCAACGAUACCGGCGGGUUCAGACCAUUCCGGCUCGCUAAUGAGAAGAGUGAAGGACUCGUUCAAGCAGAGCAAUUUACACGUCAUAACAGAAGACCUCGAGAAUAGCGAGCAGUCGGAACAGGAAAAAAUCCAAUGGAAACUAGCGUCUCAGCCUUAUCAAAAAGUGUUGAAGCAAAGGCACUUGACCAUGAUUGCCAUAGGUGGCACUUUGGGGACAGGUCUUUUCAUCGGGUUGGGUUACUCUUUGGCGUCUGGGCCCGCCGCUUUGUUAAUCGGUUUUCUGAUGGUUGGUACUUCUAUGUUUUGUGUUGUCCAGAGCGCUGCAGAACUUUCCUGCCAGUUUCCAGUUUCUGGCUCCUAUGCCACACAUGUUAGCAGGUUUAUAGAUCAGUCYGUCGGGUUCACUGUAGCUACAAACUAUGCUCUGUCUUGGCUGAUUUCCUUCCCGAGCGAACUGAUUGGUUGUUCGCUUACGAUUUCGUAUUGGAACCAAACUGUAAAUCCUGCCGUGUGGGUUGCGAUUUUCUACGUUUUCAUCAUGUGCUUGAACUUGUUUGGUGUCAAAGGAUUCGCAGAGACAGAAUUCGCUUUGUCAAUUAUCAAAGUCAUAUCUAUAUUCAUUUUCAUUAUCAUCGGUAUCGUGCUAAUUGCUGGAGGUGGCCCCAAUUCUAGCGGGUACAUUGGUACUAGGUACUGGCACAAUCCRGGUUCUUUUGCCAAGCCGGUCUUCAAAAAUCUAUGUAACACCUUUGUUUCCGCAGCUUUCUCGUUCGGUGGUAGUGAGUUGGUACURUUGACYAGCACAGAGUCYAAGAAUAUCUCGUCGAUAUCCCGUGCCGCUAAAGGUACGUUUUGGAGAAUCGCCAUCUUUUAUAUUACGACAGUCGUCAUCAUUGGCUGUCUAGUGCCUUACAACGAUCCUAGGCUACUUAAUGGUUCAACGAGUGAAGAUAUCUCUGCCUCUCCCUUUGUUAUUGCCUUAAGCAACACCGGCGCAAUGGGUACAAGGGUCUCGAACUACAUGAACGUUGUUAUUCUUGUUGCAGUGGUUUCCGUUUGUAACUCUUGUGUCUAUGCUUCUUCGAGGCUAAUUCAAGCUUUGGGAGCAUCGGGUCAACUUCCAGAAAUUUGUGCUUAUAUGGACAGAAAGGGGAGGCCUUUGGUUGGUAUCGGGAUUAGUGGUAUAUUCGGUCUUUUAGGUUUCCUGGUUGCAUCUAACAAGGAAGGUGAAGUCUUCACCUGGCUCUUCGCUCUGUGCUCCAUUUCAUCUUUUUUCACUUGGUUUUGUAUUUGCAUGUCGCAGGUUAGAUUCAGAAUGGCUUUGAAAGCUCAAGGAAGAUCCAAAGAU